AUGGCUGACCUAUUGGAGGUGGUCUACACUGUGCUGGAGGUGCUCAUUGCAGUGGCCUCUUGCCUGGGAAACGCACUUGUUGUUUGGGCAUUAUGGACAGGUGUCCCUCGACAAGAGGCAACUUUCUGCUUCAUGGCCUCGCUGGCAGUUGCUGAUUUCUUGGUGGGUGCUGUAGGCAUGCCGAUGUCAGUGCUUGUGGAUGGAAGGGUGGAGGUCUCCUUCCACUGGUGCCUAGUGACCAGCUGCGUGGUGCUGCUCUUCCCUCAGAGCUCUGUACUAGCUCUGUUAGCCAUUGCCACUUACCGAUUCCUGCGUGUUCACAUUCCCCUCAGGUAUAAAAGCCUGGUGACACAGCACCGCUCUUGGGGGGCAGUGGCGCUGUGCUGGCUUGUUGCAGGGGCUCUCAGCGUCACUCCUGUGCUGUGGUGGUCCGACCAGCCUUUAUCUUCCAACUCAACGUCUACCAUGUGCAGGUUUGUGGAAGUGAUCCUUCCAGCAUUCCUGGUCUACUUUACGACUGUCAGCUACACAGUAGUGCCCCUGCUGGGCAUGAUGGCACUCUACGGUGGAAUCUUCUUCAUCAUCACACAACGACUGCAGCAAGGCUUACGGGGGUGUGACAAGCCUCAGUCCUACUACAGAAAGGAACGCAAUCUAGUCAAGUCCCUGGUUCUGGGUCUACUGCUUUUUGUCAUCUGCUGGAUGCCCCUUCACAUCAUGAACUGCUUGUCCUUCUUUGUUUCACAAGACAUGGUCCCAAGAGAGGCCGUGUACGUUGGCAUCCUUUUGAGUCAUGUCCACUCCGCUCUCAAUCCCAUUGUGUACGGAUUCCGCAUACACAGAAUCUGCACCGCCUGUGUGCAUCUGCUGGGCAGCUGUGUGACACGCUUUCAGGAGGAGCAGGACAGAACCAGCCAGAGCCACAGCAGCAGGUCUUAA